GCUAUCGGGGAAGUUCAAAUGCGUCCAUAGAUCUCACUCGUAAAGAAACCAUGGCAGCAACACAAGCCUCCAAAGAGCAGAAAUACGACAGACAGCUGAGGUUGUGGGGAGACCAUGGUCAGGAGUCACUGGAGAACGCUCACGUCUGCCUCAUCAACGCCACAGCAACUGGGACCGAGAUCCUGAAGAACCUGGUGCUGCCAGGUAUCGGCGCAUUCACCAUAGUCGAUGGGCACACAGUGUCUGGAGAAGAUGUUGGAAACAACUUUUUCCUGAGUAACAACAGCAUUGGAAAGAACCGAGCCCAGGCCGCCACUGAGCUGCUGCAAGAGCUGAACAGCGAUGUCUCUGGGAACUUUGUCGAGGAGAGUCCAGACAAACUUCUUGACAACGAUCCAGAGUUUUUCCACAGGUUUACCAUAGUCAUCGGUGUCCAUUUGCCAGAAAGCACGUGUUUGAGGCUAGGCUCAGUUCUGUGGAGCGCCUCGGUACCUUUCCUCGUCUGUAGAACAUACGGCCUCAUCGGCUACAUGAGACUAGCAGUGCAGGAGCAUACAGUGAUUGAAUCUCACCCAGACAAUGCCUUGGAGGACCUGAGGUUAGAUCAGCCUUUUAGUGAAUUGAAGAAACACAUUCAGUCCUAUGACCUUGACAAAAUGGACAAGAAGGAUCACAGUCACACACCUUGGGUCAUCAUUGUUGCGAAAUAUCUGGAGAAAUGGCUCAGUGAGCACAACUGCCAGCCACCAAAAAAUUACAAGGAGAAAGAGGCAUUCAGACAAAUCAUUCGGGAAGGGCUCCUGAAGAAUGAGAACGGUUUCCCAGAGGAUGAAGAAAACUUCGAGGAAGCUAUAAAAAAUGUCAAUACGGCUUUAAAUCCAACCAAGAUUCAUAGUGCUCUUGAAGACCUCUUCAACAGUGAGCAGUGUAACAACAUCACCUCACAGACUCCGACCUUCUGGGUGAUGCUGCGAGCGGUCAAGGAGUUUGUUCACAGCGAAGGCAACGGAAGCCUCCCUGUGAGAGGAACCAUUCCAGACAUGAUCGCAGAUUCUCAGAAGUUUAUCAACCUUCAAAAUGUUUACAGGGAAAAGGCCCUGCAGGAUGCAGCUGCUGUUUCGAAGCACGUAGAGCGUCUGUUGCAGUCCGUUGCAAAGCCACCAGAGAGCAUCUGUGAAAAGGACAUCAAGCUACUCUGUAAGAAUGCCUCCUUUCUGCGGGUGGUGCGCUGCAGAUCUCUGGCUGAAGAAUAUAGUGUGGAGUCCGUGAACAAAGAUGAAAUCACCUCCAGCAUGGACAGUCCAGACAGCGAGAUGGUCUUCUACCUCAUGCUUCGGGCUGUUGAUCGAUUCUAUCAGCAGCACUCCCGCUACCCAGGAGUUUACAACUACCAAGUUGAGGAUGACAUCAGCAAACUGAAGCUGUGUGUAAACAGCCUUCUGCAGGAGUACAGCCUCAACGUCAAUAUCAAAGACGACUAUAUCCACGAGUUCUGUCGAUAUGGUGCAGCAGAGCCACACACAGUUGCAGCAUUUUUGGGAGGAUGUGCUGCUCAAGAGGCCAUCAAGAUCGUGAGCCACCAAUUUGUGCCCUUUAGCAACACGUUCAUUUACAACGCAAUGUCACAGACCUCUGCCACCCUGAAUUUGUAAAGAGUUUGCCCACAAAUAUAUCGGAGAAAAUAGGGUAGUAUUGGAAAAAGCAUUCCUUGAACCAGCUUGCUGUAACAAAAUGGAAACUUGGGGUUUGAUAGAAGAAAGAAUUGCAUUUUCCAUCACUUUUGAAUGGGGUUAUGACACUAAUGUGUGCACUUAAAGCUUAAGGUGAUUCCCAGGGUUACCUGGACCUUUUAAGGCUAAAUAUUACGUUGAUCAUAAAACCUUGUCCUGUUGUUUGAAGUCUUUAAGGGGAGUACUGGUGUCAACAAACAUUAAACAAAGCUGAAAUCAAAA